UGUUGGUCACGUCAGGGUAAUUUGUCUGUUUUGUGUGGAAGUCGUCGCCGUUCAAAGCCGUGAAAGUUUUUUUUCCGGCUAGGAAUUUCGCAGAUGGCUAACACAGCCACAACAAUGAGUACAAAUGGAGCCUCUUGCUCUUACUCCAACCAUACUCUUGAAAAGGUGGCGAAAGCCAAGGCAACGCUUGAAAGUUUCUACGCGAACUUGAUCAGUCAGCACCAAGAACGACAAAACAGAUGGAAAGUUUUGGAAAUGAAUAUGGAACAGCAAGGAUUGACCGAAGAAGAGGUUUGUGUUAAUUGCAUUUCCUGUAGAGAGUUUUCGACACAGUUGUCAGUGUUAAGUUUACUGAAGAAGCAUUACUUGUUGAUUGUGCGUUUGGUUCAAAAACAUGACACAGGCCAUGUUUAUGCAAUGAAAAUUCUGAGAAAAGAGGACAUGCUAGAAAAAGAACAGGUUGCCCAUGCUCGUGCUGAGAGAGAUAUUCUUGCAGAAGCAGAAAAUCCUUGGGUGGUGAAGAUGUAUUACUCAUUCCAAGAUGGACAUUAUCUUUAUUUAGUGAUGGAAUUUCUUCCUGGUGGUGAUCUGAUGACAAUGCUGAUGAAAAAGGACACUUUUACGGAAGAUGAGACUCAGUUUUACAUUGCUGAAUCAGUUCUUGCAAUUGACUCCAUCCAUCAAGUUGGAUUUAUUCAUAGGGAUAUUAAACCUGACAAUCUGCUUUUGGAUAGCAAGGGGCACAUCAAGUUGGCAGAUUUUGGUCUUUGCACUGGUCUUAAGAAAGCACACAGAACGGAAUUCUACAGGGAAAUUUCACCAAGUGAUAUGAAAGAUUUCACAUCAACAGAACCAUUAGAUACAAAAGGCAGAGCAGCCACAUGGAAAAAGAACAGAAGACAACUGGCAUACUCUACAGUAGGAACUCCUGAUUACAUUGCCCCAGAAGUCUUUCAUCAGACUGGUUAUAAUAAAAGCUGUGAUUGGUGGUCAUUAGGCGUGAUCAUGUACGAGAUGCUAAUAGUAAUUGUUCCUUUCCUUUCAGAUUGGUUUAAAGACACCAAAACUGAUGCAGCUGGAAGUAAAGAUUGGGUUUUCCUUAACUACACAUUCAAAAGAUUCGAAGGACUCACACAACGAGGGGUCAAGCUUCCCCUAAUGUGAACAGUGCUAGCUUGCUAAUCAGUAUUUUCUUAGAGUUCUUUUAUACACAUAGCAGCAAGUCUUAAACUAUACCAUGUAAUGAGUCUGGCAAUCCCUCUCUUGUCUUCAGAUUUUUGAGUUACUGUAAAAAACAUGCAUAUAAGAACCUGGACUUUUUUAUUUUUUUAGAACCGGUUAGGUUAAGAUUCUCCAUUUAGACCCCCUUUGCCUAAGGUUACCGUAUACCUUUAGAGGCACUACAUCGCUUGGUGGCGAGACACCUGCAAAGGUAUAUAGUAACCUUAAGAAGCUGUCAUACCAUUUUUACAAGAUCCUAUUAAACCUAACUUGGAAACCUCCAGGUUCUUGCAGGUGGGUUUUUGUGCAUGAACUUUACAUGGCAUGAUGAAUUGAUAGCCUUGGGCUAGAAUGAAUCACUGUAGACAAGGGAGGGAUUGGUUACAGAAAAGAACAACAUCAGAUACAAACUGUCGACUUGCAGAGUUUUCCUUCAGGAGGGAAUAGCGGUUAUUACAUAACUGUACUGGAUGUUUAUUGGUGGGUUGUAAUCAUGUUAAAAAGUUAGUCCAUAUUUUCGGGCGGUGUAUAGGUUGGUAUUUCAUAAAUAUUUAAUACUGCAGCUAUUGAAUGCUGAGAAAAUCUUUCAAAAGCUAUUUUUGUUAGUUCCACCUUUUACAAUAGUUAUUACAGUAACUGUUUUCAAGGUUGUCAUGUUUCAUACUAUACUAGAUCAGAGGAAAUUAACCAUACAUGUGGCAUCUGUCACCUCUGUCUCCACUACUUGAAAAAAUGAACAAAUUAAAUACAAUUAUUAAUAAUCAGUCACUCACAAGCGGUUAUGCAGUGGUUUCACAAUCCGUUUAUAAAACCAAGGUUUUUUAGAAUAUGAAUCAAGUAGAACAAUGUUCACAAUGUUUUGUACAGUGCAGUUAGGUUAUAAAUCAAUGUUCAAGCUAUGGAAUGAUAAUUAUGUUUUCUGUUUAAUGAAAAAGCUGAACACCAAAUUGUUGAAAACAAAUGAGGCAAUUAAAGUUACAUAUUAAUAGUGUUACAUUUCUAUGGCUGUAUUUUUUGUACAGAAGGGCAAGCAAGGUAUGUUCAAUAAUGCGACAAUAGUGUAAAUAGUUUUGAAACUGCUUAUAAGACUAAAUAAUAAUGACAAGAUGGGUCCUUUUAGUACACUGACUCGGAGGCAAUUUAAUAUGAGAUAUCAUAAAUCAGUCCAGUUCUUGUACAAUUCCACGUAGCUUCGUAGAGUCAUAAUUGUUUGCAAAUGUGUCAAGAUUUUGUUUUGGUACAGUCAUUAGUAUAUAUGUAAUGUUAGCCACUUUGGACUAUAAGUCAGAAUGAAAUAAAUAUUGAAUCACACUGUUCGUUAUCAUCUAACCAUUGAUAGCUUAGUUUCAAGACAACUUUAGAAUUCUAUGGAAUAGAAAUUACAAAUAAAAAAUACAAUUAAAACUCA